AUGGGUCCUAAGCACCAUGCAGCGCCCCCAAUCAACCCCCACCAUCACAUCACCAACAAUCAGGUACGGACUUCAGGCUGGAGCUGCAUACUCCAGGACUGGUCUGACAUAAGUGUGACCGUUGCGCCCGCUGCAGAACUAUGUGACCGUUGCAAUAUUAACGUAUCCAUUAGGACCUUGAGUGUGGCGACGGGCGUGGGGGAACCGGUCCCUCUCUCCCUAAACCAGCGACGGGCGCCUGACUCGCUGGAAAUAGAGGCUCUGGCGGCGUUGCGAGGACUGGUCGGUGUGCAGAAGUUGCUCGGCGUCUGCCCCGAGACCCUCACCUUGAUUACGGAAUACUCGGGCGAGACUUGGACGGGUGUCCUCGAGCGGGGCCAGUCUGUGCAGGAGUGUCUAAAGGUCCUACGUCAGGUGUGCCAGAUCACGGAGACCAUCCAUGCUCGGGGAUGGGUACACGUGGAUAUAAAGGCAGAUAAUAUCUGCGUACACCACACGAGUGAGGGGAUCCAGGCUACCAUUAUAGACUUCGGCUUGGCUAUGCGCAUUGGGGAACAGGCCGACUUUCCUGAGGGUACCCAGUGCGCAUACAUCGCACCCGAGGUUCUGGAGAACCGUCCAUGUACACCCGCCGCUGAUGUCUACAGCAUCGCCACGAUGUUCCACUUCUCCGCUCAGUACUGCAACUUCAGCGCCCGUUGCCCCCUGCGCCUGUACAUGACUCGGGCGCUGGAGCCACGGCAACACCAACGACCCGGGAUGACGCUACUGACAACAGUCUGCUCCAAGGCUCUUGAUAUGAGGAGACGGUACAGGGUCAUCUAUGUCUGA